AUGGAUUGGACACCGGCAGACACCCAGAAACUGCUGGAUCGUUUUCGACAGGGAGGGCAGGUGUCAGAUUCUGAACGACAAUCCUUUCCAACCGCUCUCCAUGCGCUUUCUCAGAAACUGGAGGAAUUGAAGCGCGAAGUCCACCUGCUAGAGCUCGGGACGAACCUGCUGAAAUCCGCCCAGUCGCCAUUCCGAAGGAUCCCUCCAGAGAUUCUGUGCCGUAUCCUGGCCCAUGUAUGUGCCACAGAAGGAAUGGUCGUGGCACCGUCACAUCGAUCGAGACGGGCUCCCCCAUGGAACAUCGGCGCUGUUUGCAAGCACUGGCGGGACGUGGUUUAUUCUACUCCCGGCCUUUGGACCAGACUCACAAUUCAGUCCGCUGAGUUGGUCAUGUAUGGCAAGCGGCACUCGGGUAGUCUCCCUCCCAAGUUCAUGGACUCGCUCUUAGCGGGUAGCUUGCCCCUCUUCGUCGACAUCCAGCCAGUAGUUUACGUGGAAGCCGGUGGCAGGGAAGCGCGACCUGAAUUCGGACUGAGACACACGAUGUAUCGCCAGUUGGCCACUUUGCUCCGAAGAUGGUCGGGAGAGAUUAUGGGAACGCUCUUGCGCGAGUGCUGCUUGUCCGCAGGUGUCGAUAAGAACUCGUCACUCCCCUUGCCGAUGAUAGACAAGCUCAGCGAUCUACGCACAGAAAUCGUCGAUACGUUCAGGGAGAUGAACGUCACCCUCGAGAUGCCGAAACUACGCCACGUCGUGGUUGGGGACAUGGAGAAUUCAGGAACCUGGCACGAACCGGAGGACAUGUUCGAAUUCCCUCCUGCAGCAAGAUGGUGCUGGGAUUUUCUUGGUACCCACGCCAGCAGCCUGCGCACCCUCGAGUUCGUGGAUUGGGGAAGGGUGUUGGAAGUGUUUUCAUUCAUCGCGGAAUGCCCUUCGGAUAAAUACUUCCUCGCAAACAUCGAACAAAUAGGCUUUUCAUCGUGGGCCUACGGUGCUGUCCUUCGCCCACGUUCUGAACAGAACCUUCGGGAAGAGGAGGUCCCCGCAACCCUGUUUCCGCGUGUCCGUCACGUCUGGAUGACUGGAAAAGCCUCUCAUGUCACAGGCUACCUGAUGAGAAUACAGGCGCCCUCCAUCAAGUCGCUGAAGAUCACGGUCGCGGACGAUGAAGAGAUCGUCCCAGCGCUCUCAACCUUCCUCAGAAACUCCCGUUGCCACGAAACUCUUCAGUCCCUCUAUUUGAAGGGGGUCAAUCCACAGGUCACCAUUCAAAUGCUGAGCCAACUCCCGAACCUUCGCGAGUUGGUUCUUCCCGAAUUACCUCUAGAGGUCGAAUCCGCCUUGGAAGCCGCCACCGACCUGGCACCCAAACUAGGGAGGUUGGACAUCGUCCCGAAGAAAAACGGCCCCGGGGGCUCUCGUCCUGUAGAGCCUGACAGACUCGUCAAGCUCCUGGCCUCUCGCCAUGAUGGCAGACGUGUCUACUCGUUUGUAUCCUACAACAGGACGUGGGCGUUCGUGGAAGGGUGCAAUGUCUCCGGCUUCCCGAAGGACGAGUUUGUUUGGAAGGCAGAGCCUGUAGACGCUUUUAGGUUUUGA